CGCACAGAAACAAAGAUGUUACAGAGGCAUCGGGUGACAGCGCAGCGUCAUAAAGCGCACCUGUUUGUGGGGAUCACGACGUGCAAGAACGGUUUAUGUCUGCUGAACGUCACGAAGACAGGAGAAAAACAGCAACUCGUGAAGCCUUCGAUCAGUCUUGGUCAGACGCGAAGAAUGACAGCAAAGGAAAAUAAACACGGAAUACUGGCUAUUAAAGAAUUGGAGAAUAUUCUAGACACGUGUAAAGUUGAAUUAAAUCAAGUCGACGAGGUCUGGCCGAAUCUAUACAUCGGAAACGUGGCCAUUGCUCAGAAUAGAAAUGCUUUGAAGGAAAUGGGCAUCACUCAUGUUUUAAACGUUGCCCAUUCCAAGCAAGGAAGCAUCGGGGACCAAAGCUAUUAUGGCAAUACAAUAACAUAUUAUGGCAUUCCAGCAGAAGACUCCUCAUCAUUUGACCUUAGUGUGCACUUUAAAUCCGCUUCUGAUUUUAUCCACAAAGCGCUGAAGAAAAAGAAUGGUAAAGUGCUCGUUCAUUGUAUCAUGGGUAUGAGUCGGUCCGCUACCUUGGUUCUGGUAUACCUCAUGCUCCGUCAGCGUCGCACUCUCCACUCUGCCAUCCAAACGGUGGUCCUGAGGCGAGCUAUCUAUCCCAACAGGAACUUUCUGAGCCUUCUCUUGGAUUUGGACAUUCAGUUACAAAGAAAGCGAAUGUUAUGUCCCAUUCUCUGACAUUCGUGUUAUGAGCAAACAAACAGCCAAGAAUUCAUUUAUAAUUGCGGUAAAGGGUAACCAGCAUUGGUAUGUUUACAUUCUUUAAGAUGAUUUAUGUAUUGUGCCGUCGUUACAAAUAACCCCCCACUGCCAAGUUUGCUUUUCAAGUGUAUUGUUUGUAUAGACUGUAUUUGUACUUUGCCAUACAUUCACAAAGUUGUAACAUAAAAACUGAGAUUUUAAACUCUUUAACACUUUUAAUACUGAACCUUUAAAUGUUGUUUUAAUAUUGAAGCUUUUAACAUCGACUGACAAGCAUUUAUCGAUUUGACAUUUUCUAGAAUGGAAUUCCAAUGUAAUAUAAAUGAUUUUCAUAGAUAUAUGAAAUCGCAGCAGUAUCUGCCGAAGCACAUAGUAUACUCCUGCAAAUAUUGUUUAAUACCAAACUUAGCAGUAUUAAGUUUAGGUUUAUGAACGCAGCAUUUGUGAAUACAAAGAAAGCACUCACUGUCAGCAGUAGUGCUUUUAGUUUCCUUUUGGCAUCCACAAUUGAAGAAUUUACUGGCAUUUACAAUGUCUUUCAGUUGACGUUAUCAUGAAAGUCCUGUUUUAAUGAAUAAGCAACACUCUAUGAUGUGGUGUUUAAGUGCAUCUUUUUUGUUUUAAUAGCAGAAUAAUGUGUUGCAUUCAACUACAUCAGGUCCAGUGUGUAGCUUUUUGGAUGAUCUAUUGACAUAAAUGCAAUAUAAUAUACAUAACUAUGUCUUCAGAGACCUUACAUGAUGGAGUGUUAUGUUUUUAUUACCUUUCAUAGAGCUAUUUCUAUCUACAUACACUGCUGGUCCCCUUGCACGGAAUUUACCAUAAUAUUUCUACAGUAGCCCUUAACAGACAAACUGCUCUACAGAGGAUAUUUCUUAAAUACAAGAUCUCCUUCUGCAAAGACAUGAAAACAUGACCACAUCUUACCCCUGUAUCAGUUGCCAUAGUUCUUGGAAUGGGAGGGGUGAGUGGUGGAGUGACCCGUCAGUUGCAAUUUUGUGCAGCUUCACCACUCGAUGCCGCGAAAUUUCCUGCACUCGACCUUUAAGGUACAUAAACAGUUUUGUCUAAUUAAUAUAUACUUUAAUUCAACAGAGAUUUAUUCAUGUACUGCAGUUAUACAUGCUCUAACGGUAAUGUCUGGGUUAUUGUUGAAAGUGUGAGUAAUAUCAUAACUGCUGGAUUCACUUGUAACAAAACAAGGUGUCAAAUAAACUGCAGAAUUUAACACACUACCAAAUGUUGUAGUUUUGCAUAUUUCAUUUCUAAUAUAACAUCAGAAGAAUGGUUGAAAUGGAUGCAUAAAGGAAAGCAUAAUAAGUGUAAGCAGCAGUAGAUAGAAAUCAAGCUUAUGCCGGACCUACAUCCAAACUACAGAAGUAGAAACAGGAGGUAAAACGUGUGAAUGAGGCCACAGGUCAUAUUUCCUGUUUCUGAAGUCAUGCAACCCCUUGAAAUAUAAAACUGUCUGAUGUCUAAUUAAAAACAGUCACCAAAUUGGCUUGAA